AUGUUAUACAGAAAAUCGAAAACAGCAACAACAACAACAAAUAUAUUUAAUAAUGAAGAAAAAAAUAGUAUAGAAAAUGAAAUUAAUAAAACUAUAAAACUAACAACAGAUAAUGGUAUCAGUAAAAUUAUAAAAACAAGUGGUAACGGAACAAACUUUCCAUUCGAUGGCGAUCAAGUCUAUAUUCAUUUUAUUGGCAAGACUAUUGAUGGAACAAUAUUUGAAAACACUAGAGAGAAAUCAAGCUUUUCAUUUAUUUUAGGUAGUCCAGAAGAACCAAUCAAAGGAUUCAACUAUGCAAUUAAAUCGAUGAAAAAAGGUGAAAUCUCAACAUUUACAAUUAGAGCAAAAUAUGCAUAUGGCAGCGUCGGCAAUGGUGACUUAGUACCCCCUAAUGCAACCUGUAUUUACGAAAUAGAAUUAAUCUCAUUUAAUAAUAACUGUGAUAUCUCUACAGAAAAAGAUGGUUCAAUAUUAAAGAAAAUUUUAACAAACUCAAUAGAAACCAAUAAUGACAAUAACAACGGUCAGCAACUACCAAAGUAUGAAUCAAAAGUUUUAGCAUCUUUCAAUAUUAUCAAUAGUGAAAAUAAAGAAAUUUUAGAUAAAAGAGAUAAAUAUAGUUUUAAGAUUGGAGAAGAUACAGCGAUACUAGAUUUAAUCGAAUUGAUAAUAGAAACUAUGCAAAAAGGUGAAACAAGUAGAGUAGAGAUCAACUAUAUCAAAUUUAUUGAAUCAUUGAAAAGAAAACCAAUUGAAUCAUUACCAAAACAUUAUAAAGACCUAAUCAAACAAUCAGAAAUCUCCACAUCAACCGACAAAAUUAUUGUAGAAAUAACAUUACACGACUUUCAAUUAGAAAAAGAUAAAUACCAGUAUCGUGUCGACGAAUUAAUAGAACAGGGUUUAAAAAGAAAGGAAGAAGGUAAUGUUUAUUUUAAAUCAAAGUACUACUCGAUGGCAAUUAAUAAAUAUAAAAAAGCAAUCGAAUUUUACGAAUUUGACUAUGGACUUUCAAAUGAAGAAAAAGAAAAGAUUAAAGAACUAAAAGUGGCGUGUCUAUCAAACCAAACCGUAUGCUUAUUGGUAAACAAACAGUGGAAUCAAGUUUUAAAGAAUACCUUGAAGGUUCUAGAAUUAGAUGAAAAACAUAUCAAAUCCUUAAAUUCCAGAGCCAAAGCCUAUAGGGAAUUGGGAAAAUUAGAUUAUGCAAUGCUAGAAUUACAAAGAGUUUUAAAAAUCGAUUCAAGAAACAAAGAUGCAAUAAACGAAAUUAAUGAAAUUAAUAAAUUAAAAGAAAUAAAAAAGAAAUAA